ACAUUAAACAAAGCUUCCUUUGAAUUCUUGCUUUCUUUUUCUCUUCACCUAAAUCUAUCUCCUUAAACAAAAAUGUUUGGAGCAUCAAAGAUACUGAACUAUGUAUAUUUUUCUGUGACUCAGUUGAAAUGGGCUUUGGAUUUCCUCCUCCUCCGAUCUUCUUCUCAUUUAAUUUACAACAUCAACAGUACCACCAUUUCAGAGAAUUCUUCUUCUCAUGGUUUUAUACUAAUUAGGAGUUUCGAAGCCGAAUCAACAGGCAAGAGUGGAGCCACAAUAUUAGGGACUUGGGAUUCAGUAGAAUGUGCAGUUUGUCUAUGCGAAAUAGAAGAAGGAGAAGCAGUUAGAGAGCUGAUAUGCAAUCAUUCUUUUCAUAAAGUUUGCCUUGAUAGAUGGCUUGGUUUUGGACGCAUGACUUGCCCAUUAUGCAGAAAUAAAAUCAAUAAAUCGUCUUUUCUUUUUGUUGAUAUCAAUGAACAAGUUAUCUUAUUUGAUUUCCGCUGCGGAAGAUCAAGAGAUCGUUGUCAAUGGUGGCUGCGAUAAAUAAAGUUGGCAUGAUAUACAUAGAU